AUGGCGGAAAGCCCUCUGACGAAGGACUCGAGCAUCGUCAUCAUUGGCGCAGGCACAUUCGGCAUCAGCACUGCAUACCAUCUCGCAAAGCGCGGCUACACCAACAUCAGAUGCAUCGAUCGCCACCCCGUCCCGAGUCUGGACUCGGCAGCCUAUGAUUUGAAUAAAAUUAUUCGAACCGAGUAUGAUGAGCCUCUUUACACCGAGUUGGCACUUGAAGCCUUGAAUGCUUGGAGACAACCGGAGUGGAAGGGAAUUUUCCACGAGACUGGCCGACUCAUCACAACUACAGGAGACCCUCAGGCUGAAAAGCACCUCAAAGAGUCCUACGAGAACCUGAAAAGAGCCGGGCAAUCUGGCAGCCUUGAAUUUGUCGAAAGCAAAGGCCAAAUCAUCAAGCUUGUCCCUCAACUUGCCAACGCACACGGAAUCGAGGACUGGAAGGGCCUGUGGAACAGCCAGGGAGGAUGGGCGCACUCGAGAAAGUCUCUCGAAAAAUGGGGUAUAGAAGUCUUAGAUCUUGGGGUCAAGUUCAUCUCGGGCGCUCAAGGCACGAUGACUGGGCUUCAUCUCGAUGGAUCUGGUAGACUGGACGGCAUCCAGGUUGCGUCUGGCGACAUCGUUCGCGGAGAUCGAUACAUCUUGUGCACGGGCGCUGCGUCUCCGGAAGUCCUGCCCGAGUUAUCGCAGGAGCUGUGGACUAAGUGUUGGACUCUGGGACACGUUGAGCUCACUGAAGAAGAGGUUUCCCAGUGGAAGGGCAUUCCGGUUGUCGACAACUUUGAGUUGGGCUUUACCUUUGAGCCCGAUCCUGAGACUAGAUGGAUGAAGAUUUGCGACAAUAACCCAGGUUACCAAUACCGCCUCGGUACGUACACGGAUCCGUCUGGCAACGUCGAACAGUACUCCAUCCCCCGAUACGCGAGCACGCAUCCCGAAGACGGCAUUCCCGAGGAAGCUGCCAAAGCCAUCAAUCGCUUCAUCGACGUGGUGAUGCCGCAGUUCUCGGGGCGACCGCUUCUGGGCGCGAGAGUGUGUUGGUGCACCGACUCGCCGGACGCCCACUGGCUGAUCGACAACCACCCCAAGUAUCCAUCCCUCCUUUUGGGGACUGGCGACUCGGGCCAUGCGUUCAAGAUGUUUCCUAUCAUUGGAGACUAUAUUGCCGACGCGUUGGAGGGAAAACCAAGGGGUUUGAGAAAGGAGUGGAAGUACGGAAAUAGAAAGUCGAAGCCAGUUGCAACGCGACCAGACACAGAAAUCAAGGAUUUGAGAGACGUCCUAGACUUAAAGGACGAAUAA